UCAUGCUGCUGCCAAGUCCAGAGUCUCUCAUGGGUCCCUGUACGGCCUCCCAUUGCUGCUGUCUCCAUCGCCACACUCUGCUGCCAUGUGCCACUUUCAGGUCUCUUCACACUGCUGGUGUGUUUAAUUUUUUGACAUAGGGUGCAGGCAGAUUACGGGCCUCACAUAGCUGCUGCCAGGCCCCUAAUCUGCCAUGGGCCCCUAUAUACCGCCUCCUCAUGCUGCUGCCAAGUCCAGAGUCUCUCAUGGGUCCCUGUACGGCCUCCCAUUGCUGCUGUCUCCAUCGCCACACUCUGCUGCCAUGUGCCACUUUCAGGUCUCUUCACACUGCUGGUGUGUUAAAUUUUUUGAC